AGAAGGUCGAGGAGGAGGAGAAUAUAAAGCCGCCUGCUUGUGGUUCUCAAUACAACAGUAGAUAAAAUAUCAGGAUCAGAGGAACCGGAAGAGGAUCAGAAUGACGGAGUGCAGCAGUUCUUCUCAAGCUGAACCUCUCACAUUUCACACUCAGAAGGAAAUGUUUGAGAAGAUAGAGGAAUCCUUUAAAUUCUGUGGUGGAUGUGGGAAACGCCCCUCACAGAGCAGAGACACACUGAAACGCUGUGCAAGGUGUGUGAAUGUGUAUUACUGCAGUAAAGACUGUCAGAAAGACGACUGGUCUGUACAUAAAAAGUUCUGUACCAAGUUGCAUAUGGCUGCAAUAGACAGACUGGUGGAGUGGCUCAUUUAUACAGGAGACCUGCCCUUCCCUACAGCGGCAUGGUCUUGUCCUGUAAAAGAGGUUCGGUGCUGGGAUGAUUGGCUCUCCAUGCAGGGGGACCUCACAGUCCGGGUGGACCCCAUCUUGUCUGGGAAAAACAUGACAGAGCUCUGGACCAAUGCGUGCCGGCCACACCCAGUGGAGGCGGAGCUUCGUGAAUCUGUGUGGCGAGUGUGUAGCGAGUUCCUCUCACGUCCCCUGACGAUAGGUCUCGGGAUUCAGAUGUUCGGUCUGAACCCGUAUUCCCGACCUCUCACCAUCCACAUCGUUGGGGCAGGAAACGCAGAGACCCUGGGCGCGAGGACAACGGAUCUGGAUGAGCUAAGUCACAUGUUCCCUGAACACCAGGGCCUGGAGGUGGUCAUGGUGGGGCCCGAGGUAGUGAAAGGGAAGAUUAUGAGGCCUCCGUUAAGGGCAUUUGGUCCACGAGGAAGGGUCUACAUAAGCGCCCACAAGGGUCUGUAUCAUGAGUUCUGGGAGGAACUUGUGGAGAAAGGAGAGGCAGCCAGACCAGACCUUGUGGUGGGCUUUCAUCCAGGGUUUGAUUCCAAGCAGGGGAUGACAGAUGGAUGGUUACCAACCCUGCUGCUGCUCAGAGAUUACAACAUCCCUACCUUAUUCACAAUGAGCAGUGAUGGAGAGUUGAAGUACUCUCUGCAGAUCUUGGUGGAGUUGGAGAUGGACAUUAAAGGAACUGGACCGAACCCUUUCAGUUCCCAGAAGCCUGAGCAGGUGCAGUCGAGUCCCAACAAAGAGCUUAGUUACUGCAAUGCCUUCUACCUGAACUUCCAGGGUCUGUUGGAGGACAAGCUGGAUGAGGAGGAGGACUAGAAUCACUUUCUUCUUGUUUUAUUAUUUAUUCUAACAAUCUGUGAUGUAUGUGUUUUAUUUAUUUGGAGGAUUAGAGUUCUCAUCUGGACCGGCGUCUUUUGCAUAUAACAUUAUAUUAUUAUAUAUUACAUUAUCUGAGCUGAUUUCUGGUCCUGGAGGAAUCUGUUCCCUAAACCAAACAGAAGAACAAGGAGCACACACAACACAACAACACUAUAAAACAAUAUUCCAAUUUUAGAACCACAAGAUAUCCAUUACUUUUAAAUGCUUAUAUACAGUGUGUGUGAAAAGUGUGAUAGUGUUUUAUGGUGUUUGAGAGACACAUGCAUGUUUCCUUUCAUUUCUAUAAU